ACCCGUCCGCCUUACCAUCUACAUCACCCCACAUACAUACUGUAUUAGUAAGGUACACACACCAAAGAGAUCCAAAGGAUAAAUAACUCCAGGAUGAAACGAAGAACCACCUACCUCCAACACCCCUCCGCCCCAUUUGAUCCAAACCAAGCAAGACUCUCCCGUUCGGUGCUGGAGAUUCGGGAUUUGAAAAGCGCGAAGGAAGAGCGGUUCACUGUGCCGGUUGCUUCGUCGGGUUCCUCUUCGGAGGGUGGGUUGGAUGAUGAGAUCCGAGAUUUCCUGGUGAAUAACGUACAAAGGCUGGAUGUGCGGUGGGCCACUUCUUCUGCGGACGCGGAUGUGGGAGAUGAGCUAGACGGGGUGACGCCGUUUGCGAGUCGGGUUUCAUCUGGGUUGCAUGUUUAUUUGACUCCCGGGAGCAAGGGUCUCGAGGGGCAGGGGGAUGGUGAACUUCAUCAUCAUAAUGAUGAUGAUAAGGAAGCGGUGUGUCGGGUUUUACGGAGGGUGUUUGGCCAAGAGGUUCAUCGGUGUUUGGAUUACGAGAAAUCUUUCACUCGCUCCGAUGUCACUGCUGCAUACCAGUACUACGCGCCGGUGGAAUCGCUGGACGGGCUGGCAACCUUCAUCCAGGAGACGGUCUGUGGAUUGACGGAUGCGGAGUGUCGCCGGCACGCCCGGGAGUUGUUAUCUGCUGACUCGUUUGACCUUUCCUACGAUUCCUCAUCGCGCAAUCUGGUGAUGUCCGCGUUCUGGUCCGAGGCACCAGGCCCAGGGUGGACGGAAGACCUCCGGGCCCCGGCCGCUGGAUCCGCUGAUAAAAUGGAGGUGGGAUUGCUGGGGGCGGAGAGGGCGGCCGACCCUCUGGAGAUCAAAAUGGGUGGCCUGUUGGGCGUCGUUGGGGAGGAUGAGAAAUUGAAGCCGACCUUAUUCUCCUUUGCUUCACGACAUCAUGCCCUCCCGCGUGAGGCUUUCUUCAGUGUCGCCUUCCCCCCACCCACCGGCUUACAUCCUACGAUGACCAUUUCCUUGUCGUCUGCCGCAUGGCAGCGCCCCCCAGCAUCUCCCGACGCGACCUGCGCCCUGCACACGUAUCUAACACUGCCGUCGCAUAUUUUCGGCGACAAGUACCAGCUGGGAACGGAGUACCAGCUGGGAACGGAAGACCAGCUGUUCCUGGACUCGCACCAUCUGGUCAAGCUGCAAUCCGUGACGGGCGAAACAGAUCUCGAGGCGCCGGACUGGGCCGUGUCUCAGUGGGGCUCGAAUUGGUUGUUCGAGGUGGCCACGCCGGCCGCAAACCAGCACCCAGAGGAGUGGAAUGUGACGAUUCCGCUUCAUCUACGGUAUCUGCACCCAUCGCAGAGUGGGUAUCAGUCUGUGGCUGUGCCCUGGCCCGUCGUCUUCUGGGCCUGCACCGCCAGCGAGGAGGUCAAAAUGCAUUUCAACCCCUUCGACCGACUGAACCUGGGAUGGGAGGCGCUGUUCGCCCCUCAGACGGUGUUCUACCAGGUCCAUCCAAGCACAGCACAGAAACGACUCGUUGAGGAGGUCCAGGUGCCUGUGAUGAAGGAGAACGGCCUGUUCAGCAGCACGACCAUCGAAUUAGGUACGGUCAUUGCUAUUAUCCUCGGCUCGCUUUGGGUGCUAUGGAAACUCGGCGCCGUGAUGCGGGGCUCUGCUGCACGAAGAAGGCCUGACACCCAAAAGAAGACCCAGUAAUCUGUUUACUUUCUGCACAUUUAGCGCUUGUUAGUUGAAGGACAUCAACGGUGU